GCAAUUGUCAGUUGUCCAUUAGAGGAACAUGGAUGUUUAGCGCAAGUUGAACGACAAGAUGUAUAUAAACAUGUACAAGACAGCAUGGCUGCACACAUCAUGUUACUGGGGAAAAAAUGUUCUUCGCUUACUAAAGAAAACCAGCUUUUGAGCGAUAAAUUAAAUCAUGUACAGCUUCAGAAAUCAACUGGGAUCUUUAGUAACAUCAAUUCAUAUCCUCCCGCACGAAAGUUCUACCGGGUGGCGAUAUGGAUGCGUGGUUAUAAAUGGCGCAUAAAUUUGUACCCAAAUGGACGCAAUGCAGACGCCAUGGGUUUCCUAUCGCUCUAUCUGAAGAGAGUUGAAGAAGAUUCACAGUCAUUAUGCAGCAAUAUACCCAAUACAGCCAACAACGAAUCAGCAACCCCUUACAGGCUGACUGUGAUUAGCCAAAUACCUGAAGGUCACGAUGUCUACUAUGAAUCAAAACGCGUAUUUACUAAAAAUAAAGGAGGCAUCGGGGGAUGGAGCAAAUUCAUGAAAUCAUCUGACGUGCUUUCGCGUUGUUAUGUUAAAGAUAACAGACUGACCAUCAAAUGCACGACUCACUAUCCAGAUAAACCACAAUAAGUUCCAUAGAUGAUGUACUUUGCGCAGCGUACUGUAACAGUACUAUAUGGUAGUCUAACCAUCCAAUGUACAAUACAGCUAGUUAAACCACAAUAUGUUCCAUGUUACACAGAUGAUGUACUUUCUACAGCCUACUGUAACAGUACCAAUGGUAGUCUAACCAUCCAAUGUACAAUACAGCCAUAUAAACCACAAUAGGUUCCAUGUUACACAGAUGAUGUACUUUGUACAGCCUACUGUAACAGUAUCAAUGGUAGUCUAACCAUCUAAUGUACAAUACAGAUAGAUAAUCCACAAUAGGUUCCAUGUUACACCGAUGAUGUACUUUCUACAGCCUACUGUAACAGUAUCAAUGGUAGUCUAACCAUGCAAUGUACAAUACAGAUAGAUAAACCACAAUAGGUUCCAUGUUA